AUGGCGUCGUUCCAAAUGCUCAAUGCCCCGGCGCACGCCGUCGAAGAGAUGCUCGAGGGCCUCGUCGCGAGCUCGCCGCAGCUGACGCUCGUCGCCCAGCACAAGGUCGUGCUGCACCGCAACUUCAAGCAGCUCCAGGCCAAGCAAGUGACGCUCCUCUCGGGCGGCGGGUCGGGCCACGAGCCUGCCCACGCGGGCUACAUUGGCGACGGCAUGCUCACGGGCGUCAUCUGCGGCGACGUCUUUGCGUCGCCGACGACCAAGCAGGUGCUCGAGGCCAUUCGCCUCGUGACCGGCCCCCACGGCUGCCUGCUCAUUGUCAAGAACUACACGGGCGACCGCCUCAACUUUGGUCUUGCGAUCGAAAAGGCCAAGGCCGAGGGCCUCAAGGUCGAGAUGGUCGUCAUUGGCGACGACUGCGCGAUCCAAGGCUCCAAGGCCGGCCGCCGGGGCAUCGCAGGGACGGUCCUCGUGCACAAGGCCGCCGGCGCGCUCGCUGCGCAAGGCCACUCGCUGGAAGAGAUCCAGGCGCACGUUGGUCGCCUCGCCAUCGCGUCUAUGGCGUCGCCUGGAAGUCGUGCACGCUGCCGGGCCACACCACCAAGUCUCCAGCGCGUCAAGGCCAACGAGAUGGAGCUCGGCCUCGGCAUCCACGGCGAGCCAGGGCUUCUCACCGUGCCGCAAUCGUCGUCCAAGGCCACGACCGCGCGUCUCCUGGAAACGAUCUUUGCCGACUUGCACAUCGUAGAGCACGACACGAUUGCGGUGCUCGUCAACAACCUUGGGUCGACGACGACGCUUGAGCUCCACGUCGUCGCCAACGACGUGGUCGAGUGGUGCAACGCGCAAAAGGUGCACGUCGCCCGCCUCUUUGUCGGGUCGUUCAUGACGGCCCUCGACAUGGCCGGCGUCUCGCUCAGCGUCUGGAAGCUCAGCGACGGCCACUCGAAGCUGUUGGACUUUAGCGUCUCGGCGCCCGGCUGGCCCUUUGUGGCGCGCGACGACUUGACCGAGCUGCCCAAGGUCAUCACGGUGCCCGAGCCGCUCGUCGUGCCGCCGAUGGCGACCGAGAUGGCGUCCGGUGUCGCGCCGAGUGUGCGCGUCGGGAUUGAAGCGGCGACAGCGCGCAUCAUCGAGGCCGAGCCCCAGCUCACCGAGUGGGACGCCAAGGUGGGCGAUGGCGACUGCGGCGAGACGCUUCAAACUGGUGCCCAAGCCAUUCGCGACGCGCUUCCGUCGUACCCGCUGCACAUCCCGUCGGCCACGGCCCACGCCAUUGCGGCCACGGUCGCCGAUGCGGUCGGUGGCACGUCCGGCGUGCUCUACACCAUCUUUUUCACGGCGGCCGGCAAUGCACUCUAUGCCUUUGACCACGGCCACGCCGUCGACGCGCUGCCGAACGACGCGUGGCGCGCCGCCUUUGGCGCAGGCAUCGCCGCCAUUCAAAAGUACGGCGGCGCGGCCGAGGGCUCGCGCACGAUGAUGGACGCGCUCCUGCCGGCCAUGCGCGCCAGUGAAUCGGACGCGACGGGAGCUGCGCUCUGGACCAACGUGGUGCAGGCGGCCGAAGCCGGCGCGGAAGCGACCAAGCACGUGCUCCCAAAGAAUGCGUUUGGCCGCUCGAGCUACGUGGGCGCCGAAUUCGCCAAGAACAUUCCGGACCCGGGGGCCAUGGCGGUCGCGUUCUGGCUCGCGGCGCUCGCCCAGGCGUAUGCAUAA